UUGUCGGGUACUCGGAUUAGUCUUUGGCCUAGCGGUGUGUGAAGAGCCAGACGGAAAGGGAAAGGGACAGGGAAAGAGAGUGAGUGAGUGAGGGAAAACGCGUUCAGUUGCUGUCUGCAGGUGUCUUAAGUGAUAUUAUGGGCCGCUGGAGCCUGCUGCGCUGGGCCUUGCAGCUGUUGAAGACGCUGCUGUUGCGCAUCAUGUGCCACUUUAGGAGCGAACUGCACAGCAGCUACACAGCGCAGAGCUUGCAGAUUGUGCCCAAGUAUGAGCCCAUACCGAGAAUCAAGGGGCUGCCAGUGCUGGGCACGCUCCUGGAUAUAAUAGCAGCUGGUGGCGCACCAAACCUGCACAAAUACGUGGAUGCACGUCAUCGACAGUAUGGCGCUAUAUAUCGCGAACGCUUGGGCGGCACAAAGGAUGCCGUGUUUAUUGCCUCGGCUCAACUGAUGCGCAGCGUAUUUCAACAGGAGGGUCACUAUCCGCAGCAUCCGCUGCCGGAUGCUUGGGUCUACUACAAUAAACAACACGCCUGCCAACGUGGUCUCUUCUUUAUGGAGGGCGCUGAGUGGCUGCACAAUAGGCGUAUACUUAAUCGGCUGCUGCUCAAUGGCAAUUUGAAUUGGAUGGACGCGCAUAUUGAGCGCUGUACGCAGCAAUUGCUGGACAAAUGGCGCGGGCAGACAGCGCAGGCAGCGCUGCUAGGCGAGCACUACGAACUGCCGCAGCUGGAGCAGCAGCUCUAUAGAUGGUCCAUAGAAGUGCUUUGUGGCAUUAUGUUUGGCGUCCAUGUCUUAAGCUGUGAGCGCAUACAGGACGCCUUGACUGAGUUUACGCAGAUUGUGCACAAAGUGUUUGAGCAUAGCUCAAAGCUCAUGAGCCUGCCGCCUCGACUGGCGCAACUGCUGCGUCUGCGCAUCUGGCGCGACUUUGAGCACAAUGUGGACGAAGUGUUGCAACAAGGCGCCGCCAUCAUAGAGCUCUGCAUAGGCGCACAGCAAACGCAGGAGCAGGCGCUGUAUCAGCGACUCCUAGCAGCAGCUGUGCCUGCCGAGCUCAUACGCCGCAUCUUUGUGGAUCUGGUCAUAGCAGCAGGUGACACGACCGCCUUUAGUAGUCAAUGGGCUUUGUAUUUGCUCUCGUUGGAUUCGCAGCUGCAGCAGCGCAUAGCACAGGAACGCGCUUUGGGUGAGUCACAGCUGCUGCAUGGUCUGAUAAAGGAAGCGCUGCGUCUAUAUCCUGUAGCGCCAUUUAUAGGACGCUAUAUGCCACAAGAUGCGCAAAUUGGUGGCCACUUUAUAGAGAAAGACACGCUCGUGUUGCUCUCGCUCUACACUGCUGGACGCGAUCCUGCGCACUUUGAGCAGCCGCUGCGCGUGAUGCCAGAGCGCUGGUACCAAAGCGACUCCCAGCAGACGCAUCAGCCACAUGCCAGUCUGCCCUUUGCCAUUGGGCAGCGCUCCUGCAUUGGACGCCGUGUGGCACUCAAGCAGCUGCAUUUGCUGCUGGGCAAAUGUGCCGCCGAGUUUCAGCUGCAGUGCCUCAAUGAGCAGCCUGUGGAUAGCGUACUACGCAUGGUUACUGUGCCGGACCAGACGCUGCGUUUGGCACUAACGCUGCAAACCAAGUCAACAUGUCAUAAUUGUUAAGUGUUCGUUUAUUAAAUUCGUCUAGGGAUAUGCUCUAAGUGGUCUUAGCAUAUAACGGAGCUCAGCGCACAGUGAUCUGUUAAUACAGCAUUUUCUUUAUAGUAUACAUAUAGUAUAUAAAGCUGCUAAUUAGCUAUAG